AUGCUGGAAAUGCCUCGGUUUUUGCUGUUGCUUCACUUCUUCUGCGUUUCACAAGUUCUGUUUCGUCUGACGAGUUUCAACAGGAGAGAGUGCGUCUGCAGCGGAGGGAGGAGACGUAGAGGAGACACAGAGGAGACACAGAGGAGACGCAGAGGAGACGCAGAGGAGACACAGAGGAGACGCAGAGGAGACGCAGAGGAGACGCAGAGGAGACGCAGAGGAGACACAGAGGAGACACAGAGGAGACGCAGAGGAGACGCAGAGGAGACGCAGAGGAGACGCAGAGGAGACGCAGAGGAGACGCAGAGGAGACACAGAGGAGACGCAGAGGAGACGCAGAGGAGACACAGAGGAGACACAGAGGAGACGCAGAGGAGACACAGAGGAGACGCAGAGGAGACAGGAGACACAGAGGAGACGCAGAGGAGGGAGGGGAUAAAGAGGAGAGCAGUGAGGAGACAAGAGAAGAGAAAAAGGAGCAUAAAGGAGACGAAGAGGAGACAUAAAGGAGACGAAGAGGAGACAAAAGAAGACAAAGAGGAGACACAAAGGAGACAAAGAGGAGACAAAGAGGAGACAAAAAGGAGACGAAGAGGAGACGAAGAGGAGACGAAAAGGAGACGAAGAGGAGACGAAGAGGAGACAAAAAGGAGACGAAGAGGAGACAUAAAGGAGACAUAA